UACAAAUAACAAAAUCGUGAGCCCCUAGUUCGCCCUAAUUUUUCUCUCUCACACACUAUUACCGAGGCGCCGCUACCAACUCUUCUCCCCGACGUCGGUAGGGUUCCAGCUCGCCGGCGUCGGAUUCUAUCAGUUCUGUCAAGCUCUACAUUCCUCUACUGCAUCCUUUGUUCCUUUGUUCCUUUGUUUCAUGGUCUCUUGAUUUUCCCGGAGUCCCCUGAGGUUUUGGAUCUCAACUCCGAGCAUGCUUCAGCUUCUUUCUCCCCUUCCCUUGCCUCAGUUUCUAGUGAAUCGUCUCGAUGUGCAUUCUCCUUCGUGGUCCCAGCCACGAUAUGUUUCCCUCUGAGUCCCCUGAACGCCCCAAUUGCCUUGGUUUCCGCCGGUCUUACCGUCUCUUCAAACUGUCAACCGCAACAACUCUCCGCUCCUUGGAAUAUUUUCCCCUCACCAAGUGGUUUGCUUGGCUGCAGCUGGACGGGAGCUCUGUUUUGACACUGGAGCCGACAAAGACUUUGACGGUGAAACCUACAUCCUUGGCGCUCCCUAGCACACCAUUGAUACCGCUCUGGUCUAGGUUCGAUUUUCACUCUUUACCAAAAUUCCUGACUUUUAGGAUAUAUUGGUCAAUUGCGUUGCCCCUGAACUGGAAGAUGCUUAGAUUUGCUAAAGCUGUUUUGAACCCAACCUGUUUAGACCUCUGUGUCACCUGGUUGUUUGGUUGUACUCGACAAGAAGUUUCUGAGUGUAGAGUCUGCAUCCUAUCGGGUUUCUCUACUUGGUCAAGUCGGGUUCCCCUCGGUAGUAGAGUCUCGGUUUCUUCUGAUAGGCUUGACAUCUAUUUGUGUCGAGGAAAGUUGAUUACUUUGGUAUGGAGAACUGCAUUGCAGAGAUAUAUUCUUAACCCUGACCCGCCUCUCUGGCGAUUUAUGCUGCUUGCAUCCGUUGAUCAUAUUUGCCGCAUAUCACCAAACCCUCAACUCCUUCAGCCUCAACGUAUAACCAGGCUUGAAGAAUAGGGGCAGUAUGAUCACCAUUCCAAGGAGUAGUGGUUACCCCAACCUUUUCAAGCUUCCCCUUUUCAACCUUAAAACCGCAACCACCCUUGCAGUGAUCGGUAAUCAGAGAAUUCUCAACCCUGCUCACACCUUUGGCAAAGCACUACUUCAUGUAGACCUUCUCAUUUCGAUGAGAUCCUCAGCUUUGACUGUUUCAUUGCCACCCAGUCUUCGAAUCAAGACAGUGGCCACCUUCCUUUCCAAUAACUUGCUCAUGGAAGCUGCAUUGAUAUGUCUUGAUCUCACAGGCUCCAGUUUGCUAUUCAGCACUUGGUCCAUAGCUCUCAAGAUCCUUAUAUCUUUUGCUACUAUCUAUCCCAGUACUCUUGUUGUCUUUGAUUUUGGGGUAUGUCCUUUUCUUUUGUUUAAGCUAUUCUACAUGUUAUGUAUGUUACUUUCUAGUUAAC